AUGGAGGGAAUCAUUUUAUUUCCCGCGACUCAGUUAAAAGCCGUAAAGCAUAAUCCCUCUCUAUCUCUCUCUCUCUCUAUCUCUCCCUCGCAUUUGCUCUCCGGCGUCGCGAUUUUUUUCUCCGGUGCUGCGAUCUCGUGUUUUCCAGACUUUCAAUGGCGAGUCCAAGAGUCGUAUCUGAAGAUAGAAAGUCUGAUGACCUAGAAAUCGUCUCCGUCGGAGCUCUCUAUACCGGCUCAUGGGACAAGAAGUACUGGAGUUCAUCUAGGGGCAAAGAUCGUUUCCCUUAUCCUGUAGGCUACAAAGCUGUUCGAGCUCACAAUGGAAACACAUAUUACAUGGAGAUUGAAGAAGGUGCCAAAGGACCUUUAUUUCUGAUUAGAUACUUGGAUGAAUCCUGGACGGGGCAGACCCCGGAUAUUGCAUGGGGAAAGUUCCAGAAGACGGGCUUCUCCCACUUAAAAAUAUGGCAUGGAAAACGAUUUACAUGUAAGAUGGGCGGCAUGGAGUUUUUUGGCUUCAAAAACCCGUUGGUUCAGAGGUUGCUCCGGGAACUUGUGACCAAUUCCCAUGGAAUGGUAGAAUCUAGUCCCAGCAGUAGGGCCUCUCAAAUCCCGGUCAAUGAUGAAAGGCCAGUCAUGUGUGCAAAUCCAAAUUUAUUAUGUUAUCUGGACAUGCCAGUGGCUAGAAAGAAGAGAAGCAGAAAACCUGGAAUAACAUACCACAAUUCAGUAGUUAAAAGUGGCCAUAAAAAGCCAAGAUUCCAAGACUCAUUAUCUGGUGGCGAGAUUUUAAAUUCAGCACCAGUGUCAAUCAGUUCAGUAAAUGGAGAAGUGGAGACAGUUGGCCUGCAAGUUGCACCACCAGAGCAAUUGGAUUCUAGUCAUGCUACAAACGAAUAUUCAUCUCAACCAUCAGAAAAGCCACCACAAGUGAAAGUUGUCAUCCCUAUUCAAGAAACAAACCGGCUUCCUGAUAUCUGUAAAUCAAAGCCAUUAUCCAAAUUUUCUGCAGAGCUUCAUGGGUUGCAAGAAAAGGAAAACAAACCCAACGAUGAUAAUUUUCUUAAUGAGAGCCCAAAUAUGACUGGUUCCAGUUUUUGUGCACCUGAUACCUUGGAUUUCCUGCAAGAUAACACCAUAAGUCCUGCUCCAAAAAUAGAUGAUGAUACAAGUUGCAUGAAAAAGGAAGAAUUGACACUUGCUAACAUGGUAGUUGGUGAAGGGCUUAUAGCUGAACUAAAUGCGGAGGAUUUAGCUGACUCUACUUUGAAUCUGACUUCUAAAAAUAGUGAUUCUGAUUCAGUUGAUCAGGAAACUGCCAAAUCAAUGAUGUCAUUACUACUUCCUCAAGCAAUUCCACUGCUCAAGAAGGCCUCAAGCAAGAAGCCCCCAAGAAAUGAUAUGUCAGACAACUGCAAAACGAGCCAACUUAAUGAUGCGUCAGGAACUGCUGUGUCACUGGCGAUAAGAGAAUCUAGUGGAGAUGAUGAGAAUAUGCAAGUUGUUGCUCCAGAUUCCGAUCAGGAUUUUGCAAGAAAUGUAUCCAUUGCCCCUGACAGUUUUGAUGAGUCUCACUUGGUUGGUCCUGGGAGUGGUCAUAUCAUCUCUUCUUCCAAGGAAGUCUAUCCAGCAGUCCUUCCUAAAAUGCACAUAGCCGAGAAACAUGUUGCAAUAGUAAAUGAUCUAUCAGUUUCUGCUUUGGAGACUAUUGCGAUCAUAAACCCAUCUUCACAUGAUGCUAGUACUAUUAUGGAAGAGAAUAAUCAAGAAGCAUAUGUGAAGAAGUCCAUGUCAAUACCACACUGCACCAGUUCAGCUAACAUGAUUUUAUCCCAAGAAUCUAAGGAACUCUGUGCAGCAGAAGGAAACUUGUUGCAAAAAGAACACCACUCAGAAAACAAGGAACCAAAGAGCACAUUAUGUUCUACUGAAGGUAAUGGUUUUCUGGUCAACACAACUGAAGCUUGUUCAAUUAAAAAAGAAAAACAUAAAGUGUAUAGCAGAAAAAGAGUCUCGACCAAUCAACAUCGAAGAAACAGAAAUUCGUCCUAUGAAAGUAAAAACAGUUGCAGAAAUACUGGAGAAGAUGAUCCCAUAAGGAGUAUGUCUCCUAUUAAUCCCCCACGUAUCUUGGAGCUUCAGCCGACCGUGUCUACCAACUCUGUAUCAGAUAGAACGAAUCCUCUGGGCGAUGGAAGCGGUCAUGUAACAGAACAAUACCAGGGUCCUGAGUUGGUGAACGUGAAUAACAACACAUUCACCACUGUAAAAAGCAAUGAGGCGUGUGUGGUACCACAAGAUAUGAGGUCAGCUCAUGCUUUUGGAAAUGCAAGUAUAUCAUCAUCCUCAUUUCCAGCUUCAAAAUUUGAGGAUUGUCAAGCCAAUAUUGGUGAGGCAUUGGGCAUCCAAGUCUCUGAACCACCUUCUACAAAGUCUCAGUGUAAGGAAAAUACUAGCGAGAAAAGAACCUCUGUGCAGGAAUUUCCAGCUAGCUCAAAUUUAGAGAUCAACAGAGAUGUAAAGAUCAACAAUGAGAUGGGAAAAACUGUUGAGCUGCUUGGCUGCUACUUUCAUCCCAUGCCUGUUUCAUCAGUAUUACUCAAGUCUGCUGGGAAUGAAAUCUAUAUUUGCGUGUUGAGCUUUGCUACAGAAGAUAGAGUUAGAACCCUGUUUAUGUACAAGAUGUCAGCUAAAGCACCAAGCAAAGGAUUCCCCUCUAUCAUUGGUCACACUCCUGCCAUACUCCCCAUUGUGGAUGACAAAUCUGGUGGAAAUAGAACACUCGAGAUAUCUAAUUUGCACUUCACUCCAGACGGGCUGCAUCUUAUUUUAAUUGGCAACAUCAAAACACCUUAUUGCAGGAAGAGGGAAACUGAUUGCUCGUGUUUGAUUUGUACGUCAGCCUGUUUUGAGGAGAAUGCAGUGAGGAUUGUCCAGGUGAAAACUGGUCAUGUUUCUCUUGUGACAAAACUUCAAGCAGAUGACAGUGUGCAGUGCGUGGUGGUGUGCGAUCCUAACAAUCUCAUUGCAGCUGUCAAAAGUGGAAACCUUAUUGUCUGGGCUAUGAACUCGCAUUGGAGUGGUUCUACCGAAGAAUCUGUUAUACUCGCAAAUCCUUGCAUAUCAUCAUGCAUCAUGGAACUGAAGAAGAUCCCAAAAUGUCCUCAUCUCGUAAUCGGGCAUAAUGGUAUUGGAGAAUUUACAAUAUGGGAUAUCUCAAAACGAAGCCUAGUAUCAAGAUUUGUAUCUCCCAGCAAUUUGAUCUUUGAGUUCAUUCCAACCAGCUUGUUUGCAUGGCACCCUGUACAUAGUCAUUCUACAAUCGAGGAUCACGUUGACAUGAUUUUAGCUGCAACAAAACUAUGGUUCUCAAAAGGGAUCAACAACAAAACAUUGGUUCCAGCUGAAGUCAAAGACACUGCUAUUUGGCUUUUAGUCUCUACUGAUCUUGAAUCCGAUGCUAAAUGUGACCGUGUAGAAAGUCCAGCUAGAUGUUGGAGACUGGCUCUCCUUGUGAAAAACCAACUCAUAUUGGGAAAUCAGUUGGAUCCGAGGGCUGAUGUUGCCGGUACAAUAUCUGGUCAUGGAGUAGCAGGCACACUUGAUGGACUUGUGUAUAUGUGGGACUUGUCCACUGGCGCUAAACUCGGUUCUCUUCAUGAUUUCAAAGGUCAAAGAGUUUCAUGCAUAAGUACAGAUGACUCGAGAAAUAUAUGCAUAGCAAGUGAAGAUGGUCAGCUCCUAGUUUAUUGCCAUCCGGAAAAGUAAAACUCAAAAUCAAAGAGGGUAGGUAACAAACUAGACUUGGAAAGAGGUUUUGCCAUAUUGACUUCAAUUGGCUUGGCUAUAUUCUUAAGUCACCUAAGUUGUUAUGCUUGUAAACUUUUUUACCAUAUGGCUUAACAUCUGGAGUACAAGUUGAGAAUUUUCUAAUCUAGUUAAAACAAUUGUACGAAGAUGUAAAUGAUAAAUGAUGAUAAAUAAAUCUUCUGUAUAAUUAGUUGUUACAA